CAGAAACAGAGCCACAUUCUGCAGUGGUCUGUGCAGAGGUCCAGAAGGCGAGCCAAGUCAGUAAAAAGGAAAUGAGUCAUGAUGCUCAACACCUCGAGAUCAGUGAGCAAAAAUGUUCAAAAUGGAAAUGAAAAUAUGUCAGCAAUGAAUGCAGUGACUCCUCCACUCACACUUGCGUUAAUUGGGAGCAAAAAUUCCAUUGAGAUUGGAUCAAAAAACAUCUUACUGGACCAUGACCAGGAGAUACAUGAGAAAGAGUUUUCAUCCAGACUCUAUGACCUCUUGGGUCGUCAGAUCUUUGUAAUUAACCUGCUUGGGUUUCCAAGAUUUGACACGAUUCCAGAGAUUCCAGAACAUCGUACCUUUAUUUUGCUGAUAUCAAAUGACCAGCAUGAAAACCAGUAUACAUCUGGACUGCAGUGGUUAGAAAAAAACCUGUAUAUGUUAUAUAUCCUCCGGAUAUGUUGUGUACGAGUAAAUUUCAUUAUAUUUUCUAUGCAUGAACAGGAUGCUUUUGAGUAUUUCAUGGAGGAGGAAAACCGCAUAUCCAGAUUGGCAAGUUUUGACGAUGAAGGUUCAGACAUGAAUGAUGACAGCAGAGAACAAAGCAAGGAAGCAGGACAAAAGAAGAGUGAAACUGAGACUAGAGAACAUGUUCAUUGUAAAGACUUAGAGAUGAAUGGUGAAGAUGGAGGAAAAAAGUCUGGAAUCAACACUUGGGAACCAAGCCAGGAACCAUCCACACAACCUCCAACCAUUUCUGGUCCCCUUCAUAUGAAAGGGAACAAAGAAAAGCCAUUAUGCAAUUCUUCUGCUGAACAAGAACAAAUAAUCCCAAAAGAGACUGAAGCGCUGUUUGAAAGGCUUGAACUUUGCAACAAAUGGUCCCCAGCAGAAUUUCUUAAAACAGGUCCACCUAUCAAGCAGACCAAUCAAGUUUCGGAGAAAGAUCUAGUUUGUACUUUUCUUCAGAGGCUAUGGACAUUAGAUUAUAGAGCCAGAUACAUCGCUGUGCGAAUUGCUUCAGAUGUGAGCAAUUCAAAAGUUGUUCAAGAGACCAAAAACAAGGAUACAGAUAAAGGUGACUUUGGUGCUCUGUAUAGCACUAACACAGAGUCAGAUCAGUCAAAAGAGAAUCAUGUUCACCCAAUGGAUGUUCAAAUGGCAGUAUUUCACUGCUCAGACAGCUUCUUUAAACAGAAAAUGAUCACAAAGUUGUCACAGUGUCAGUAUGCCUUACCACUGCCUUUUCCUGAUCCUCUCACAACAAAUAUUGAGUGUCCAUUGUGGACAUUCAGACAAAUAACAAAAACAUGGAAAAUAAGCACAAUCAAAGAAAAUGCAACCACUGUCACCAUGAAGAGCAUGCCAAUCUACAAAGCUGAGACUCCCAUGGUUUCAUUUUUCCGACUGGGCUCCAUGUCUUUGUCCAAAUCUCAGCUGAUGAAUGCCUUGAUCAACGACCGCCACGACACAUUCUUCCACAGAAACUGUAAAGGCAGCACAAAAUCUCGUCAUUUGAUGGACGGGGUGGCAGAGAUUGCCUGGUACUGUCCUGCUGGAAAACCCAAUGAUUUCUUUACUGACUGCAUUGCCUUCUGUAAUCUUCAUGGGGAUUCUCUAGAAAAUGUAAAACAGCGUGAAAUCCUGACUGAAAUGUCUUCAGUCAUUGUUGUUCUUGUGCCAACUCUGGAAAAAUGCCAGAAAAGCAGUAAAGUUAUAGAGACACUGUACAAGUCUUCAAAGCCUCUAAUUAUCCUCAUUGCUGACAAUGACUGUAGCGCAAUUCAGAUGGAACCACAAAAAUAUAAACUGGGUCUGAAAGAAAGAAGCCAGUCAGAUGUUUCUGAAGAACUAAAAAAGAUUAUAAAAAGCCUUUUGUCUGGACCCCACACAUCCUUCCGGCUGGAAACUAUGGCUGAUGUCUCUGGGGUCAAAGUGGAUGAAGAUCAGAAAAUAUGCCAAAAUGGGAAAUCUUCAGCCAUUAAAGUAGUUAAAAUGAUUGAAAGGAUGGACGUUGCCCAAAUCAAAGAUAAAUUUCUUCCCUGCCAAGGUCAACUUUGGUCCAACUGGUGCAAAAUAAAUAAAGAGUUGCAUCAUCUAAAGGGAGACAUUGAGAAAGAAAAGGCCCAGAAGACUCAACAGCUAAUGAAACUACGAGAGAAACAGUGUGAUGCGUCCAAUAGUGAACUGAUGAGGUUGUUCACUCACAGCCUCCAGAGUUUGCCACCAAAAGAAAGAGAAUAUUUCCUGACAUGGACUCAGAUCCUCAUAGAUGCCCUCUCCACAGAUGAUCUUCCUUUAAUUCUCCAAAAAUAUGAUGAAACCUGGUCAGAGGUCUUGGUCUUGAAGAAGAAACAUGACAAAUCUGCUCAAUUAAAACACAAACAAACUGAGCUUGAACUGUUGUCAAAAAAGCUUCAAUCAGCAACCUUUGGUCUGGAACACAUCUUCAGAGAGAUGGGACAGAUCUAUGAAGCCCAUAAAWCUYUSAAGMAAMWAUCACUGRGCCRAMAGCCUGAWUGGACUAAAUACCCUGAGCUGGCUGCAGAUCUGAUGAUAUCAGGACACCCGAUGGAGYURAUGGAUGGGGAUGCAGRCCAUGUGCCUUUAAUAUGGAUCUCUAGCCUCUUAAAAGAAGUCAUCAAGAAACUUGGUGACCAGAGAGUCUUUGUGCUGUCAGUUCUGGGCGUACAAAGUAGCGGAAAGUCAACGAUGCUGAAUGCCAUGUUUGGCCUGCAGUUUGCAGUCAGUGCUGGGAGAUGCACCAAGGGUGCCUACAUGCAACUGGUYAAACUGUCAGAGGAAAUCAAGGAUAACUACAAGUUUGACUACAUUCUAGUUGUUGACACUGAAGGACUGCGWGCUCUKGAGUUAGCAGGUARUGCUACCCUUCAUCAUGACAAUGAACUUGCAACAUUUGUUGUUGGUCUGGGAAACWUGACACUGAUCAACAUCUUUGGUGAGAAUCCAKCUGASAUGCAAGAUGUCCUACAGAUUGUUGUGCAGGCUUUCAUGAGGAUGAAGAAAGUCAAGCUUUCUCCRAGUUGUGUGUUUGUCCAUCAGAACGUCACAGAUAUUGGUGCAGUGGAGAAAAACAUGGAUGGAAAAAGACGCCUGCAGGAAAAACUGGACGAGAUGACUCAACUUGCUGCCAAAGAGGAAGUGUGUGAYGUUGAGUGYUUCARUGAUGUCAUCGCAUUUGAUGUGCAAAAAGAUGUGAAAUAYUUUGCUCAGCUGUGGGAGGGAAGUCCACCAAUGGCUCCUCCAAAUCCAGGUUAUAGUGAAAGUGUCCAAGAACUGAAGUCCAUCAUCUUGUCUAAAGCCUCACAGUCCACUGGGAUCACUCUGUCACAUUUCAGCACCAAAAUUCAGGACCUGUGGAACGCCUUGAUGAAUGAACAAUUUGUUUUUAGCUUCAAAAACACCCAAGAAAUUGCAGUUUACAGAAAACUGGAGGUUCAAUAUGGGAACUGGACGGUGGUUGUGUGGUACUUUACCACAUUUCAGAGUUUUUCCAACCACCUAUUAUCAGAUAUUCUUGAACUUUUCUUUGCAUGGAUCACUUUUAGCAUUUCUGUUUUAAAUUGUCUGCCACACAGUCACAAAAUUACCUCCUUGACAGCUCUUCAGCUAAUAGCUUGCGACUUUUAGAUGUCAUACGAUAAGAUGUCAUACUAGCAUAUGAUGUCUACAGGCCGAUGUUAUGAUUAUACCUUAACAACGGUGCUGGACUGGUCUUCACAAACCAAUUAUCCUGGUCCCAUUAAACAUGUGUUAAGACCUGAAAAUGUGUGUAUGUGGAAAUUUAAUGUAAAGCUCAGAAGUUGAAGGAAGUUACAAUGAAAAAGUGAGAGUUUUAUUAAGGAAAACAUGUCUUUUUAUAAAAUGUAUGUAAAUAUUG